AUUCCCCACUUCUUCACACUGCUCCAGAAACAGCAAUCCAAUCCUAUUUCCCUCGAAUCCUCAGCUCCACCAUGAAGUUGCUUCUCGUUCUCGCUGCCACCUUGGCAGUCGCCGCCGCCGGCACGGUCCACCCCGCCCUCAACCUCGCCAUUCAACAAGGCGCCACCGAGGCAAUUCUCGAACUUCCUCAGGUCAUGGACCAGGUCGAAGCCAGCCGAUCGCUCUCCUCCCUUUCCGGUGACGCUAAGGUGUCCGCCCUCGUCGCCACGCUGCAAGGACUCACCUCCGCUGCUCAGGCCCCCUUCGUCCAAGUCGCGGCUUCCCUCGGCCUCGAGACCCAGACCUACUGGGGAUCCAACAUCAUCCUCGUCAAGGGUUUGACCCCCGAGACUCUCGCCUCCUUGGCCGCCACCCCCGGAGAAUUCACCCUCCGCAAGGAAGUCACCGUCCGAAUGAGCCCAUCCAUUGCUGAGGCGACCAACGCUACGCAGAACCCGCAAUGGGGCGUUGCCAAAAUCAGGGCACCCGAAGCUUGGGCGCGCACUCAAGGUGAAGGUAGCGUCGUUUGUAUCAUCGACACCGGAGUGAAUCUUGGCCACGUUGCCCUCGCUGAUGCGUACGGAGGUGCCUGGAGCGACCCGUACUACAACACGGCCGGACCAACUGACCAACAAGGACACGGAUCUCACUGCGCGGGAACCGUCCUCGGACGUGCCAACGGUGUCGGUGUUGCCCCUGCUGCCCAAUGGGUCGCCUGCCGUGGACUCAACCACCAAGGAUCUGGAACUGAAGCGAACCUCAUCAACUGUGGCCAAUGGGUCUUGACCGCGAAUCCCAGACCAAAUAUCGUCUCUAACUCGUGGGGCGGUGGUUCCGGGGAUCCAUUUUACAACACGGUCGUCUCUGCUUGGCGAUCGGCUGGAAUCAUCCCAGUUUUCGCGAUCGGAAACUCAGGAUCAUCCUGCAGGACGGCCAACUCUCCUGGAGACCAGCCCAACCUUAUCUCCGUCGGAGCCACCACUACCACCGACGCCAUGGCGACCUUCUCCUCCCGAGGACCCAGCACAGCAGGAGCACUCAAACCAGAAGUCUCCGCGCCAGGAAGCAACAUCGUGUCGUGCGGAACAGGAGCUAACAAUUACGUCACCAUGUCUGGAACUUCAAUGGCCUGCCCCCACACCGCUGGAGCCAUCGCUCUGCUCAUGUCUGCCAACCCAAGCUGGGGAUUUGAUGAGGUUUUCACUGCCCUCACCACGACGCCAGCCCACCCCACCUUGUCCAAUGCUGACAGGAAUUGUGGACUUCCGGGAUCUGGUGAUUUCCCAAAUCAAGCUUUCGGUCACGGACGUAUCGAUGUUGCUGCUGCUCUUGGACUUUAAAUUGACCGACCACAACUGCUUUUAAGCAAAACAAAUUAUUUAUUUCAAAAUUGGAAUUAUCCUAUGAAUAAAAUUGAGUUUCAAAAUUAA